AUGGGCGGCUUCGAAGGUCACCUGUACCCGGGGCUGUCCUUCUUCCUGUACGGGCUCCACCAGGCACGGCUGGUCUCCAGGGCGCUGCUGUGGGACUCCCCGGCCCAGUGCCCGCAGCGUGGCGCCCAGGACCGCGGGGCACGGGCAAGGCUGCAGCGCGCGUGCAGCGUGGGCUCACUGAAGAUUCUGAGCGCCUGCAUCCUCGUGGCCCAGGAGGUGCACAGCGUCCCCCGGCAGUUCGUGCUGCUGACCAAGAUGUACCACGAGCGGAGCUUCAUGUACCGCAAGCAGUGGCAGCACGUCACCCUCUACGCCUCCUUCCUCCUGAGCGGCUGCGUGGACCUGGCCAGCCAGCACCUGCUGCCGCGCAGGUGCGCCGGGCUGGAGCAGGCGGCCCAGGCCCUGGGCAUGUCCAUCUUCCUGCCCCUGAUGCUGUCACACAUGCAGGACACGGAGGGCGUGGAGCUGCGGUCCCACGCGCUGCUCACACAGGCCAUGUUCCUGCUCACCCUGGUGCUGACCGCAGAGCUGUGGGCCCCCGACGAGCCGCGGCUGUGGGUGCUGAAGGCCUUCCUGUCCACCGUCACGGGCUCCUGGCUGAUACAGAUGGGCUUCAUGCUGUACAGGCCCAUCUCGGGCUACAAGUGGAUGGACGACGACCAGAGUGACCUCGCGUUCGUCACCACCUCCUUCUGCGGCCACAUGGUCUUGGCGGCCAUCCUCAUGAUCUGGAUCCACGGCUGCUCUUGGGUGUGGUACAGCCACGUCUCCGCCAGCGCCCGGCGCCCCAGGGCCCCUGCGGCUCCGGCCUCGCAGGCCUGCGCCUUCACCUCCACACCCCCGCCCCGCCCCAAAUGUUGGAAUAAACAGCUGCACCCUGCUCUGUCCGCCUGA